AUGCCUGUAUAUCAUUCUCGUUUCAAUGACUGCCAAGAGAUGAUUGGGAAUAUGGCCUUAUUGCCAAUAAAAACUACAUUUAAAGGACCAGCAAUGAAAUUGGAUAUUAAUUCAGAUGAAGUCGACAUUAUUGAUGAAGCAUUACUAUAUUUUAAGCCAAAUAUAUUUUUUAGAGAAUUUGAAAUUAAAGGCUCUGGGGAUAGAACCUUGAUAUACUUAAUUCUUUACAUUUCUGAAUGUCUUAGAAAAAUACUUAAAUGUACUGAUAGAAUACAAGCUCAAAAGGAUUUAAAUAUGUUAUCUUUAAAUCAAAAAAUUCCGAUUCCAGGUGAUACAGAUUUUCCUCUUAAUGGAAUGUAUAAAGCACCAUCAACAAAACUAGAAUCUGAAAAUAUGAGAAUGUAUCUUCAGCAACUUCGUCAAGAGAUUAGUCAGAGACUUCUUGAAAAAGUUUAUUCUAACAAUGGAGCUGCUUUGAAGUGGUGGUUGUGUUUUAGUAAGAAGAGGUUUCUUGAGAAAUCACUUAUUCGUCCAGGUGUUGUUUUUUAA